GAAGUUGACCGAAGGUGAAUUGUUCCGGUGUAAUCGGGAAUUGCAGAACUUUAUGUUCAUCUUAGGUUUCCCAUAUCGGAAGGCUUUCACAUAAACAAUAGUGACUGGCGUGUCGUGUGACGCAAUGGGUUCGGAGGAACCAAGCAUGCAGAAGUUGUGGAAGCAGGCAUUGCUCACUUUUUCCAACAACUGCAGCGGAAAUGCGCGGGGGCAAAAUUUCCACGAAAAUUUUUUAAAACUGAAGACGUUGGCCGACCAGAUAACCGCCGAGCACGUGAACCUCGACGCCAGGCUGGUGAACCCCUCCGCGGAGGGGCGCCCGCGGUUCCCGAGCAGGAGGCCGCCGGUGACGUACAUCGAGGUGUACGAGGACGCGGACGUGACGAUCGGCAUCUUCGUCCUGAAGGCGGGCGCGCGGCUGCCCUUGCACGACCACCCGCGCAUGCACGGAGUCCUGAAGGUGUUGCUGGGCACCGUGGCGGUGCAGAGCUACUCGCCGCGCAGGGAGAGGUCGACGCAGACGGGGGAGGUGGUCGCGGUGAAGCACGCCGAGGUCUCGGCGGACGCGACCAGCGGCGCGUGCGUGCUGACCCCCGUCGACAGGAACCUGCACGAGAUCCGCUCCGUGGGCGGGCCCGCCGCCUUCCUCGACAUCCUGUCGCCGCCCUACGACCCGGACGGCGCCGAGCCGGGCGGCAGGCAGUGCCACUACUACGAGGAGGCGCCGCGCCAGGGGGACGAGGAGGGGGCGGAGUCCGUGAGGCUGCGCAGGGUCCCGUCGCCGCCGCCGGACUUCUGGAACGACUCGGCGCCCUACGGCGGACCAGCGCUGCAGUCAUGAAACAAGGUUGCUGUUUUGGGGCCGAUGGAACCAACUUCAGAAGAAAUUUCCUUGUGUUUGUGGGCCGGAUGUGCAAUAUUUUGAAAUAUCUUAAGCAUACACAAAACAAAGAUUACAACAGCUCACUUUUAUGUACUUUACUUUGAAAUGUUUCCCACUCGCUACUUAACCGUUGACAUCAUCAUAAAUCACAUUUGUGCUGCAUCGUGCUUCAAAAGAUAGAAGUAAAAUUGUACGUCUGUUAUUGACUAGUUUUAAAAGAUAUACGUGUAAAUAUUGUAUGAAUGUACAUGCGUUUUUGAAAUGAUAUUCCAGUGUUGUUGUUAUUAUGUAUCUAACUGUUGAAAUAUAAAUGAUAUUUAAUAUAA